AUGGCAGACAUGUAUUUCAAAUGUAAUAAGCCCGGUUUAAUCGUGAAAGAUUGUGUUACGUGCCCGGAUUGUGCCACGACUUUUCAUAGGAACUGCCUCGGAAACAAAGUUUCCAAAAAUGGGAAAUGGGAUUGCAAUAAAUGCUCGUCGAAAGAUAACCCAUCAACACCGUCAUCGGACGACAACAAAUCCAUUCUUUGUGCAAUCGCCGAGUUCAGAGAAGAAAAUAAAACUAACUGGGAAUCAAACAAUUCAAGGUGGGACACGAAUGAAAAGAAACUUGAACAAGUGCAGGAUGACAUUAAGAAAACCAACCAAGAAAUCAAUCUAAUUAAAGAACAGUUUGCGGCCGUUACAAGCAAGUGUGAAAGCGCGUGUCAAUCCGUUGAACAAAUGCUCCAAGAGAACUCUCAACUUAAAUUGGAGCUAGCACACGUGAAAGACGACUUGAAAGACUUGCAGCAACAUACACGUAAAAAUAAUAUCCUUGUGUCAGGUGUACCCUUAUCGAAGGGGGAGGAUAUGUUUGUUGUGUUAGAUUCUGUCGCUAGAGCAAUUGACGUCAACUUCAACGUUAGUGACAUAUCAGCAGUGCAUAGAUUACCGAAUAGGAAUGCAAACAUGCCACCUUCAAUAGUUGUCAAUUUCACUUCACGCAUCACGAAAUCGUACUGGUUGACCGCCAGGCGAUUUAAAGGUUCGCUUACAGCUAACGAACUCAACACAAAUUUCCCAAAUACUCCAGUGUACUUAAGCGAGCAUCUUACUCCAGAGACACGUUCACUAUUCAAUGCAGCGAGACAGCUAGUCAAGGAGAGGAAACUUCUUUCAGUUUGGACCAAGGACUGUAAAGUUAUGGCGAAGGCAGCCACAGGUGAACGACCAGUUCGAAUCCUAAAUUUGGAACAAAUUUCUAAAAUUUGUAAAAAAAAUGCAGACACAAACACCCACACUCCAGCGGAUCCGAUAAACGAGACUUCCCAAUAAACGAAACAUUUUAUUAGUCAAUUGAUCUUAUGAAAUUGUGUUGAUAGAACAUUCUGUCUACACGUUAUAUUAGAUAUAAAUUCAUUCUUCCCUCUUUUGAAAUGUUUAUUAUGGCCAAAUUGACACGAGAGACUAGGCAUGCAAUCAACCAAAAUAGGAGAUGGAAGAGGAUGCUGUUGUUGAAAAUUGUUUAGACAGUGAAAGUGAACAGAAUCAAGUAGAGGAAAGCGAACAGAAUGAAGAGAAGGGAAGCCAACAGGAUGAAGAAAAAGAAAACAAACAGUACAAUACAUCGUUUAAUAAGAAAAAAUGUGUGAAGAGUACUGAUUCAAUAAUAAAUUAUGCAUUUAAGAUUCUGAAGACAGCAUCAGAUAAUUUUAACAAAACGCCGCCUUCCGAUGAGAUGGAUUCGUUCUUAUCAUUUGUAAGAACAAAACUGAAAACUUAUCCGAGAGAAACUCAGCUAUCUUUUCAGCAUUCAGUUAUGGAAUUGCUAGUUAAAGCAGAUAAGGAAAUUUUGGAUUCUCAAAAAAAAGAGUAGAAUCUGAGACAUGUGUUCUGCAUUCUAUACAGUCCCCACGUGGUGAUUCCUGGAUAGAAUUCGAAUCCUCAACUGAAGAUGUACUUGAAUGACAAUAUCCAAUAUCAUUACCGUAGGAGAUAUGGCAUAUUUACCUUAAGUAUUUUUGUUUAUCAGUUCUUCUAAUUACAAUAUCAAAAUAGAAAUUCCAUUAAUUUCAUUGAUUGCAAUUUAAAAUAAAGAUUUUUGAGCUUGUAACUUUUGAAAAUUUGAUAUUACCUUAAUGUAUCCUCUUAAUUCAUUGAUGAGUGCUGUGCAGACUUCUGGUACUAUAUAUCCAAUAGAUUGCUUAGAAAUCCUGAAUGUGUAUUGGAGGCUAGUAUAUGAAUCUCCUGAGGCAAGGAAUCGAAGUGUCACUGCCAACCUGAAAGAGUUCAUAUAUUUAAUAUAAUAAUUUUUUGCAAAAUGUAAAUAAUUAAUAAAGUCAGUACCAUACAUGAUAAUUAUAAUUCAAUUAAAAAAUAUUAUCGUUAUAAUUAUUUGAUUGAUUUUAAUGAGUCCCUAAUAAGAAUUAUUGUUAUAAUAUUUUUUUAUAAUUUUCCAAUAAUUGUCUUUUGUGUGUGCCGAUGUGAAUAAAUCAUUUUCAAGUUUAUAUUUUUUAUUUUUCAAUUAAUAAUAAUAAUAAUCUAAUUAUUCAACAAUAUCAAAUUAUGAUGUUACUCAUUCUAUUAUUUUAAUACGUUAUAAUAACGCCCUUCCAUUGUGUUGUGAAGUUUGCAUUACCUGUUAUAAUAAUGGUAGAUAGUGCUCAUCUCUAUGGACCUUCAUUUAUUGAAUGUUUCAGCUCGACUAAAUUAGGCCUUGUAUUCUGUUGAUGAGAUCACAACUAUAUUGCUUGUGGCAUGGUGUGCUUAUUGGUUAAUUCUUAUUAAAUUUUUGUUGGUUUUGAUUACUCAUAAUAAUAAUUAGAAUUAGAUUAAUAAUAGAAUAGUUAAUUACUAUAGUUUGAUUGUAUGGUAUGAGAUGUUGUAUUUCUCCAUAGUUGAAAGAAUAAUUACUAGUUGAAAGAAUAGUUAAUCACUCAUAAUAAUAAUUUGAGUAACAAUAGAUUAGUUAAUUUGAAGUGAUAUAUGUAGUUGUUUGUAUUCAAGUAUAUAGGUUUAAUUUAGUUUAGGAGUCAGUUAGAUUUUUAGGUUGAAAAGUGUUUUUAUUGGAAGACACAGGCUACCGUGCACGUUAUAUUUGGUGGGGCUAACAAAGUAAGUAAUAUCGACUUUGAAAUAUUUUGGUACCUAUGUGAUAAUCUAUAGUGAGAUCCACGUU